CGCACGUAUUCUCUCGCUCUGUGUUAUUGCUGAGAAACCAGCCACCAUGGGGAGUUAGGGGGCAGGCGACGGGUUAUUUUCCUUAAUAUUUAAUAUCAGACAGAUAUCCAUAUGCUGCGUUUUGGAGCACACAGUUCGCGCCACUAUCCCCAAUGCAGUGGAUUACGGGGAUCGGGCUUUCAGAGACGGGUGAAUUGUUUCCCAGCAAAGUCAUUGCUAGAGGGCAAGAUCUGACCUCUGCCUUGUGCAACCAGAGACAUGAGUGUUGUCAGAGAAUUACAUGGGAUUGGGUACCGGGGAGGUGGUGGGGUUGUGACCUCUCUGAGUGGCCCUACCCACUUUACUGAAGAUGCUCCACGCCCCCCGGUUCCUGGUGAGGAGGGAUCUGAUGUGGACCCCCCAGUCCAGUCAGCUAACACCCGUCCAAACCCCCUUUCCCAGACCCUCUGCUAUCUCCCGUCAUCCUCGUCAUCAAAAAUGGGGGAUCCAUCAAGCUACACACCUUCCUCAUCGUCUGCGACCCCGCGUCGCCCUGAUCUGGACUUGGGGUAUGAACCUGAGGGCUCUGCUUCACCAACUCCACCUUACCUGAAGUGGGCAGAGUCACUUCACUCUCUCUUAGAUGACCAGGAAGGCAUCCAGCUGUUCCGAAACUUCCUGUGCCAGGAAGGGUGUGCAGACCUUCUCGACUUCUGGUUUGCUUGCUCGGGUUUCAGGAAGACCAACCAAGAGAAGAGGGCAAAGCUGGCCAAGGCCAUCUACAGGAAGUACAUUGUAGAUGGAAGUGGGAUUGUCUCCAGGCAGAUCAAAGCAGCCACCAAGAGCUUCAUCAGAGACUGUGUAGGAAGGCCACAUCCAGACCCUGCCAUGUUUGAACAGGCUCAGAUAGAGAUCCAGGGCAUGAUAGAGGAGAACACCUACCCUUUGUUUCUUAAGUCGGAUCUGUACCUGGAGUACACGCGUACAGGAGGAGAGAGCCCCAAGCCUAACCCCAGUGAUCAGAGCCCUUCAUCAGGUCCAUCCAAGCCUGUGCCCGGAUACUUACCCACGCUCACUGAGGAUGAGGAGUGGAGGUGUGGAGGAGGAGGAGGAGGAGGAGGAGGAGUGAGGGAGAUGGAGGAAGAGAAAGAUGAGGAGGAGGAGUGUGGAGACACACCAGCUGGUAGGCUGACUCAUAGCCUGCUGAUGCAGACGGCACCGCAGAGAGCCUCAGCCAACAGGCGGAGGCAGGACAGCAGGGAGUACAGGCCUUGGCGCGAGCCAGUAAACCCAUACUACGCUAAUAUGGGCUACGCUCGCGCUCCAGCAACCAGUGCCAAUGACAGUGAGCAACAGAGCAUGUCGAGUGAUGCAGACACACUGUCUUUGACCGACAGCAGUGUAGAUGGUAUUCCUCCAUACAGAUAUCGGAAGCAGCAUCGCAAGGAGAUGCAUGAAAGUGCCAAAGCUAAUGGACGUGUACCCCUACCUCAUAUACCUCGCACGUACCGCAUGCCAAAGGACAUCCACGUAGAGCCUGAGAGGUUUGCUGCAGAGCUCAUCAGCAGGCUGGAGACGGUUCUCAGAGAGAGAGAGGCUCAGGAAAGACUCGAAGAGAGGCUGAAGAGAGUACGACUGGAAGAAGAGGGGGACGAUGCUGAUAUCUCCAUGACAACCUCCAUGUCUUCUCAUAGCAUACCACUCCCCCUCCCCUCAUCAUUUCCUCCUCUCUAUGGUGCCCGUUACUCAGAGACCACUGCUAACACGGCAACGGUCGCCACAUAUGGCGGCCUGGUCGCCAUGGAGGAUUCCCAUGACGACGACCCGGAAUCUAUUCUGGAUGAGCAUGUGCAACGCGUGAUGAAGACGCCGGGCUGCCAGUCGCCAGGGGCAACCAACAGCACCUUAGGAGGAGGGGGUCGACACACUCCUCCCAAGUCAUCGCGUUCACCUGACGGAGGGACUGGGCCGCCUCACUACCCACCACACCGAGGGGGAGGUCACAGUCUACCCGCUGCUGGGGUCAAAGGUGUGCAUCACCACAAGCAGCUGUAUCACCACAGAGGAAGAGAAGGACAGGAUGAGGCGGGCUCCAGGUCUCAGGCCAACUUCAUGUGGAACGGAGACCCAGCCAGCCAGUACGCAGGGAGAAGUCGGAACUACGCCGAUGGGGCUGGAGCCAGCACGCUCGAGGGCAUGGGUUACAGUAGUAAAGGUAGCACGCUGUCACGGCGAAGUUGUAAGAAGGCAUCAGAGACAUCAGGCAAAGGUGACGAGAAUGGGCGUGGCCUGGAGGCCCAGGUGCCACUGGAGGAUCUCGAGAGAAACCAGAAGAUCCUGCAGUGGAUGAUGGAAGGAGACAGACAGAGGAAGAGCUCACAUGGCGGCAGCACCAGCAGCUCCAGGCGGACGGCAGCCAGCAGCGAGUCACCACGUCCGACCUCAGUGGAGCGACCUGGAGCCGUGCACCCCUGGGUAUCUGCCCAGCUGCGUAACAAUCCCUCCUCGGUGUCCCCCGCCAUCCCCGGCUCAUCAUCCACCCAGGUCCAGCCCUCGCACCCUUUCAUCCAGGACCCAGCUAUGCCCCCCAACCCGGCUCCCAACCCCCUCACCCAGCUGGAGGAGGCUAGGAGGAGGCUGGAGGAGGAGAGGAGGAGGAACGCACUGCAGCAGGCCAAGCAGAGGCAUAAGUCUGGUAAACGCCAAGUGUGUGAGAACAUGACGGUCGCUUACUACUUCUGUGGAGAGCCAAUCCCUUAUCGAACAUCAGUCAAAGGUCGGGUGGUGACUUUGGGCCAGUUCAAGGAGCUGCUUACCAAAAAGGGCCAUUACAGGUUCUACUUUAAGAAAGUGAGCGAUGAGUUUGACUGCGGUGUCGUGUUCGAGGAGGUGCGUGACGAUGACGCUAUCUUGCCCAUCUUCGAGGAGAAGAUCAUUGGGAAGGUGGAGAAGGUUGACUGAACCUUGGAAACAGGAAGAUGAUACAGAAUUGCAAAAAGAUCGUUUGGAGGAAAUAAAUGGAAGAGAUAGAAAGCGAACACUGGGGUUGGAUAGAGAUUCAGCUGCGAGAAAAUGAGCGAAUGAAAGUAGAAAGAUGGAAGGAGCAACGUGAUACAGAAGGCAGAUUGCGCUGCAUGGUAGAAGCUCAACUAUUAAGGAGGUGGUUAGUUUUAAGAAAUAUCUGGAUAUCUGCGUCAUGCCAGGAUCAAACCCACAUACAAGCGAAGAAGCUUGGCCAGAUCAAACCGGAGGGGUGGAAAGGAACAUAAGUUAUUUCACCUGUUUUGUCUCCACUGUGGAUAUUCGAGGAGCGCUGUUUCAAAUCUGAUGUCUGACCAGUCUUCCACUGCGAUGGAUGGGAAAGGGUGAGGAUGGGACUGCUGGAAGGAGAGAGGAUAAAGUAGUCUUCCACUUCUGCUCUGGAGGAGACUGUCCUCCGCAGACCAUUACGAUGCUGCUACAUUACCACGGAAACUCUUCAAUCGGUGCUUGGGACAGUAAAGGAAGCGGUUUUGUUCCUUUGGGGAGCGUCGCUGCCUUUUCCUGUCUCUGUUCCUCGUCAGCUGGUGAGAAGGGGAGAGAGAGGACAGAGGAUUGGGGGGUGGGCUGAGGGUUGGGGGGGGGGCGUAAAAAACUUGGGCCUGCUUCUCCUCUCGUUGACUUCAUAGCCUCAUAACAGAAACUUUCUCAUCCGUGAUUCCUAGAUGUCAUGUAGUGAUCUCUCACGUCAACAUGUUCAGACAACAGUUCUCCACACAACUUGUUUACCAAAGCUACAUAUUUUUGAUAAGACAAGUAUCCUCGCUACUUGUUUCAUUGUAUUUGAAUUGUGUAUGUACAAGGCAGGUACUAUUACUUAUUAAUGCAGCCUAAUUUCGUUAUAUCUCAACUUAAUGUUGUAUUAUUGUGUAUGUUUUGAAGCUAGUUCAUUAGUCAUUUCAGGGCAGCCAUUUUGUUUGUUACUUUUUCUUCCCUCUGUGAUACAUCCCUGCACCUCAGUUCUGUGCCGUUUACCCUUUGAGUGUGCAGUGCUGUUCUUCUGCACGAUGGAUUUUAAAUCUACAGUUGCUUCUGUUCGCCCCCAAACCACAAAAAUUAUCAUGAAACACAAGAGUGCACACAACAGAUCACUGCCAUCUUUGACCACAGCAUUCGUUAUUUUUAACAGGUCACACUGUCACCUUUUGUACUUUUUUUUUCUGUUCCAUCGAGAGCCUGUGUACGCAACUCCGAACUCAGCCUCGGUGCCUGCCUGGCCAGUGCCGUCACAAUGCUUGUUCUGAAGCGUGUUACUGAGAGCGAUAGCCUGUGUCAUGUAUGCCUGAACUCAGCCAAAGAGCUUAUCGUGUGUCCCGUAAUGCCUCCAUGCAUUUCUGUGCAGUCCAAGUCCACAAGUUAUCAGUUACAAUUUUUUCUCAUGCCCGUAUGGCAAACCUAAAGCUAUAGACAGUAGUUAGCUUAGCAUAAAGACUGCAAAAGGGACCAGGCUUUUGUAUGAAUUAAACAACCUGGGGCUGCAGCUGCUAGAAGUAUAGUUUUUCAGUUUCCGAUCACAGGUGCCAAAAAGGCCUUGGUGUAGAAAGUGGAAGCGUAUCAGAUAGAUAGCCAAGCCAGCUCCCUGUCUCCAGUCUUGAUGCUAAACUAACCGGCUGUUUGAUGUAGCCUCAUAUUUAACACAAAAAAGUAAGAAAUGGUUAAGGUCAAUCAAUCAAAGUGUCACACAAAGUGUAUUUUCAAUAAUUCAGUCAAACGAUUCCUUCAAACCUGUCACAGCAGUACAGUAUUGCAGUAAAGCUCUGAGGCCUCAACAUCUCAUGAAGCACCGUGCAGACGAUGCACUGAUCUCACACCAGCUACUUAAGCUGAAUGUAAUCCGACUCCUUUUAAACGUCUACCCGCUGUGUCCUCAAAGGAAAUCCCUUCACUGGUCUUGUCAUCAUGUCCGUCUUCAGUAUUGAUGUCAAACUGUUGGCCUCAUUGAGUGUUUCGUGUUAUCUAUGCUGAUAGUUAGUUGAAUGUGUCCGUCAAACAAAGAGGUCCUACAGCACAUCUUGCAGGAAUGUCAAAUACGAUUUGUUCUGGGUUUCUGCCCAGUAAGGGAAACGUAGGAUCAGAAAACAUUAUUUGUCCUUACUUCAACCCGUUAUGCCUUCAAUAUGAAAUUUUAAAUUUAGAUAUGUACUUGUUUAUAAAAAAAAUGUAAUUUUAAUAAUCACCAAGCAUGUUCUUUAUAAGGAAUGUUUUCCUGAUGAGUUGAAUUAUCUAUUUUGUUUUAAUGUUUUAUUGCGCAAACUGCUAUGGCCCUCUUGAUAUAUUUUACGUUGCGUUCGAACGCCCAGGGACAGUUGAAUGACAACAUUUACGAGUUGAUUCUUUUGAUUAUGAUUGGAUGGAGAAAAAAUAAACAAACAGCCGUGUCUGUUGUGUUGUUGGUUUGUGUGAAACACAGUGCCUUUAUCAUGUUACCUUUCGAAAUGUCUUUAUUGAACCAAUCCACGCUUUUAAUGUACGUUUUUAUUUUCAGUCAGUCCUGUUAUAUUUUUAGCUGCAGUCAUGCUUGCUCACCUCUGUUCUGAUAGAUCCUCUGCUGUAAAUAUGUACAUUAUCAUUUCAUAUGUGUCUUCAGACCUGCACCACAUGUCCAUGGUGUUUCUGUUUUUCAAAGGUAAACGCCAAGAUGUCACUGUGCUGGUUCCACUUGUACAUUUCUUUUAAAAAGGUACUUCAUAAUAAAGAUGUUGAAUAAACAGUU